AUGGUGUGGUCUCAGCUGCAGGCAGUGCCCCAUGUGGUGUUGCUGGAGCCGACAGCCCCUUUGUGCAAGUAUGUGGCAGUGGAGCUGAAAUCUGCUUUUGAGGAGACCGGCAAGACCAAGGAGGUGAUUGACACCAAGUACGGCUUCCUGGAUGGGAAGGGCUCUGCCGUCAAGUACACGCAGUCGGACAUCCGGUUAAUCGAGGUGACAGAGAACAUCUGCAAGCGGCUGUUGGAUUACAACCUGCACAAGGAGAGGAGCGGCAGUAACAGAUUUGCGAAGGGCAUGUCGGAGACGUUCGAGACGCUGCACAACCUGGUGCACAAGGGUGUCAAGGUGGUGAUGGACAUACCCUAUGAGCUGUGGAAUGAGACCUCCGCUGAGGUGGCUGACCUCAAAAAGCAGUGUGACGUGCUGGUGGAGGAGUAUGAAGAUGUGAUUGAGGACUGGUACAGGCACCACCAGACAGAGGAUCUCUCCCAGUUUCUCUGCGCUGAUCAUGUGCUAAAAGGGAAGGACACAAGCUGCCUGGCAGAGAAGUGGACUGGCAAGAAGGGUGACUUGGCAAGCAGGGGGGAGAAGCAGAGCAAGAAAAAGAGCGGGAAGAAGAAGAAGAAGGGCCAGAAGGAUGAGGGGGAGGGAGCUGCCAGCCUCCUGGCCGCAGGGGAGGCCCUGGAGGAGAGCGGGGUCCAGGAGGAGGCUCCGCUCACCCACAGCCCGGUGGAUGAGCUGUAGGCACACAGUCCCCCCGGCUCCCGGGGCCGCCUGCGCUGGGGUCUCGCCCCAAGGAAAAGGGACUGCCGUCGCG